GCUCACUACCUUCUUUCCAUCUUUUCUCCAACAGAACAGAUAAAAUUUUGGUAAAAGACUUUUCAUUCUCAUUUAAAAUGAUUAAAUUCAGAGACAAAUUCUGAGCGAAAUUUGAUUUCAUUCUCAUCGAUUCAAUUCAGGGUUCAUUAAUCAUGUCAAUACUUCUAAAGAAGGUAUGGGAAACCAUGUCUACUCGUCUGCUCAGCUCCUCAUCUACUUGCUAUUCUGACACUGAUGAUCAGAGAAAGAGGAAUCUGGAUUUGAUGUAUGAAGAAAGUGAUGAUUUGUAUAAUAAAUAUUGUUACUUGACAUCAACGACAGGAGCUUUUGAUAAAAUACCUUCAGAUAUAUUCCAUCAAAUUCUUAAAUUUUUGGGUCCUAAAGAAUCUGCUAAACUUGCCCUUGUUUGUAAGUCAUGGAGAUUACUUGUUUCUGAUAAUCGACUCUGGGUAUUCUUCCUUCAGAAUUUUAAUACCCAUGAUUAUUCCACAUGGGAUUCUAUUGUUUUCGCUGAAAAACAUUUGAGAUCCGGUUAUCCUCUUCUUCCUCCCCAUCAAUCUCCUCAUUUGUCUUUCAUGAGCAUCUAUGGCCAACGUUCUGAAUUAACUGGCUCUGUUAUUAUAGAUGGUGGUACUGGUUAUUGCAAGUUUGGCUGGAGCAAAUAUGCUUCUCCGUCUGGACGGUCAGCAACAUUUUUGGAAUUUGGUAACAUUGAAUCUCCUAUGUACUCUAGGCUUCGACACUUUUUUGCUACAAUUUAUAGUAGGAUGCAGGUUAAACCAUCAGGACAGCCGAUUAUUGUUUCCAUUCCCAUCAGUCAAUCACAUGGUACUGAUUCUGGUAAAGCAGCUCGAAGGCAACUUAAAGAAACCAUUCACCAAGUAUUGUUCGACAUGAAUGUUCCUGCUGUUUGUGUAAUAAAUCAAGCAACGUUAGCAUUGUAUGCCGCAAGGAGAACCUCAGGAAUUGUUGUAAAUAUUGGGUUCAAUGUCACAUCUGUUGUUCCAAUUUUACGAGGUAAAGUGAUGUGGGAUGUGGGUGUGGAAGUUGUUGAAUUAGGAGCUUCAAAACUCACAGGAUUUCUCAAGGAGAAGAUGCAACAAAAAAAUAUGAGAUUUGGGUCAUUAUACACCGUCCGGACUUUAAAAGAGAAUCUGUGCUAUGUUGCUGCUGACUAUGAAGAAGCGUUAAGCAAGAAUAAACAGGCAUCAUUUAAGGUUGCAGGGGAAGGUUGGUUUACUCUCUCGGAUGAAUGCUUUCAAACAGGAGAGAUCUUAUUCCAGCCACAACUUGGAGGAGUGAAUACAAUUGGUUUGCAUCAUGCAAUAGCACUUUGCAUGAAUCGCUGUCAAGCUGCUGAAGCAACAGUAGAUGGUGGAUGGUUUAAAACCGUGGUUUUGGCAGGUGGAACUGCAUGUUUGUUAGGAUUACCAGAGAGGUUAGAUAAGGAGCUCCGGUCACUUCUUACAUCAUCUCUGUCUGAAGGACUCAGAGUUCUCCCCCCUGCAUAUGGGGCUGAAUCCGCAUGGUUUGGUGCGAAGACAAUCAGUAAUAUGAGCACUUUCUGUGAGACUUGGUGCGUGACGAAGAAACAAUUCCGUCGGAAAUCCCGACGCAGCUUCAUUAGCUCAUGGUGAAGAACGCCAAAGCAUCGGUUCCUUUAAAGGGAAUGCCAGAGAAUUCAUGUCAUGAAUAAUGGUCCCAGUUUCCAGGGUCUCAAACAUAUACAGUUCUUCUCUACACUCUUUUAUUGCAAGUACACGUGAAUAAAAAAAGAUGGGAAGAUCUGUCGGAAACUCCCAUCAGUGUGUAACAUAUUGGUGCAUAUAUAUGUUUAUAGGCAUCAAACACGUGUGAUAUAUAUAUAUAUAACAUAUAAGUGAGAUAUGUGUGGUGAUCAUAAAAUUUUAUGUAAAGAUUUACUUUACCAGUGAUGAAUUUUUGUAACCUGUAAUCACCAGGAGUUUGCGGAUGAUUUACCUUGGGGAUUAGAACUUGAGAUGUGUGGCUAUAAGGGCCUUGAGCAAAUGCUUGUGGAUGAAUAAAUAUGAUGAACAUUUGUACUACCUCGGGACCUGCAAGAGACGAACAUUGUUGACAGCUUCCAAUCCAUGAUUUCUCGGAGAAGCCUAUGGUCUGAUUUGAAGUGCAAAUGUAAUUUGUAGUUCAUCUGGUAGUUGCAGACUUGCAGCAGAAAAUUAUCGUCAGCUUCAAGGAGAUCGGAAGAUUUUUUUUUUUUUUUUUUUGAAAAUUGCUUAUAUUGAAACACGGGAAAGGUACAUGGGGUUUCCCAAACUGUUGGUUUCCCUUGUCUCUUCUAACUGGGGAGAGGUAUUGGUGUCUACCAACAGACUGUGUUAGACCUAUUUUGUUAGCUAGAGUUAAAGACGGAAUUUGAAAAACAUAAAUCCUUAAAUAAAAUAGAGAGUUUAU